UACAGAUACAGUAAAAUGUUAAAGCCGCGGACAGAUCCGCAGAGUCCCCCCGCAACCAGAAAAUCACAGUACAACCAACGAUAAACACCGACACUGUUAACUCCCUUCGCUUCCCAAGGAAUCUUACUUAAUCUUAAUACCCCUAAUCCUAAUCCUAAUCCUAAUCCUACGGCUACCAGCCCUCCCUCCUCCCAAAUCUAAAUUUCCACCGUCGAUCACACAGACCGUAAGUACCAAAACCCCCUAAGUCGUCAAUCGUCAAUCCUCGUCCUCUGUCUCAUCUCACUUGUUCAGAUCUCUGAGAUAGAGAGUGAAAGAGAGAGAGUGUGCCGGCCGUUGGGGGUGUUUGAAUUAUUAUAUUCCCAUUUUGCCCUCGAUGGUGGAGGCACAGACAUGGACGACGCGUCGUAUGAGCAACCCGCGGCUGCAGGACACGACGUCGCCCGACCAGGUGAUCGACAUUCCGGCUACUCCCCCCGCCGACUUUCGCAACCGGACGAGCUACGGAUUCUCCUCCGCCGUCGGAUCCCUCCUCUCCCCGACAAUAUUGACGGCGGCGAUUGUUGCAUCCUGGUACCUGUCGAACAUCGGCGUCCUCCUCCUCAACAAGUACCUCCUCAGCUUCUACGGCUUCCGCUACCCGAUCUUCCUCACAAUGCUCCACAUGAUCUCCUGCGCCACCUACAGCUACGUCGCUAUCCACCUCCUCGAGCUCGUGCCACGUCAGUACAUCCUCUCCCGCCGCCAGUUUUUCAAGAUCUUCGCACUCUCCGCCAUCUUCUGCUUCUCCGUCGUCUGCGGGAAUACCUCCCUCCGCUACCUUCCCGUCUCCUUCAACCAGGCCAUCGGCGCCACCACCCCCUUUUUCACCGCCAUCUUCGCGUUCGUCAUCACGUGUAAAAAGGAGUCUGCCGAGGUCUACGGCGCCCUUCUCCCCGUCGUUUUCGGGAUCGUGUUGGCCAGCAACAGCGAGCCGCUGUUUCAUCUGUUCGGUUUUUUGGUCUGCGUGGGUUCCACCGCCGGCCGGGCAUUAAAAUCGGUGGUGCAGGGGAUUUUACUCACCUCGGAUUCUGAGAAGCUCCACUCCAUGAACUUGCUUCUCUACAUGGCUCCAAUGGCGGCCUGCAUUCUCCUCCCCUUCACUCUCUAUAUCGAGGGCAACGUGGCGGCCAAGACGGUGGAGAAAGCGAGAACCGACCCCUUUAUUGUUUUUUUGUUGGUCGGCAAUGCCACGGUGGCGUAUUUGGUUAACUUGACUAAUUUCUUGGUGACCAAGCACACCAGCGCGCUCACACUACAGGUUCUCGGCAAUGCCAAGGCGGCGGUGGCGGCGGUUGUAUCGGUGUUGAUAUUCCGGAAUCCGGUCACGGCUAUGGGAAUGACCGGGUUCGCGGUGACUAUCAUGGGGGUGGUGCUUUACAGCGAGGCCAAGAAGAGGUCCAAAGUUACAACUCAUUGACAAAGACAGAAAAUAAAGAUUUGAAUCGAAACCACAAAAGCAAAAAAGAACCAUUCAUUUUGACUGCCACCGAAAUUCGGGUACGAUUUGUUCAUCUUUUUUCCUUCUUACUUGAUUGAUUUUGUUUUUAUUAUUGUUUUUUAUUUGUGGAAUGAAAAAGGAGGAGGAUUUGGAUGGAAUGAAAAAGGAGGAGGAUUUGGAUCAAAUGUUAAGUGGAAUUGGAGUGUAUAGGAUGGUGGGGGGAGGGGGGAGGGGAAAAGGGUUGAGCUCUUUUUUCUGCUUUUUUUAGCUUUAAAUUGUUGGUGAUGGGGAGGAAUAUGUAAGUGUUUCUCUUUCACUUGACCCUUUUGUGUAACUGUAUAUGAUAUGCUGCCCUUUGAAUUGAACACAUGCAUGUAUUUUGAUGGAGGGAAAAUUUCUCCUCCGAAUCCAAUUUGUAAAACACGUUCUUGGUUAUUUUGCCCCUCUAUCAAUAUGAAAUUUUAGCUGAUUCUCUUUUGCAAGAA